AAACCAGCCCUUUUCCUCUUUCCAGCACAAUGCAUUCUGGGAAAGAUAGUUCAUUCUAAUAUCACUGCCACUUGAGGUCAACAGUUUCCUGGUCAGUGAUUUUCGCUGUGAUUCUAUUUAAAAAAGGCAUCUUCUGGUUUCAUAUAAAGAGCAUAAGAUGCAGUCGGAGGAUGCACGCUAUCUGAAACGGAAAGUGAAGGGUGGUAGCCUGGACGUGCACCCUACAGAGAAAGCCCUGGUUGUUCAGUAUGAGGUGGAGGCGACCAUCCUUGGAGAGACCGGAGACGAGAUGCUGGGAGACCGCAAGAAGUGUCAGAAGAUUAUUCGUCUGAAGAGCCUGAAUACGAACACAGACGUUGCAGCCCUGGCCCGUAAGGUGGUUGAGGAGUGUAAACUCAUCCAUCCCUCCAAGCUGUCAGAGGUGGAGCAGCUGCUCUUCUAUCUACAGAACCGCAAGAAGGCCAGCGGGAAAGCAGAGAAGAGAGUGGUGAAACCUAGAGACCUAACUCCAUUUGAAGGAAUGGAGAUAGAUGAGGAGGCUAACAUCAACAAGGUGGAAGAGUAUGUAGAGCUGCUGUAUGAAGGUAUGGAGGAGAAGGUGAAAGGGGCUACACUCAUCCUACACCUGGCCAGGAACCCUGUCAACCUGGAGGAACUACUAGAGAAUGAAACGGCUCUAGGAGCCCUGGCCAGAGUGCUGCGGGAGGACUGGAAGCAGAGUGUUGAGCUUGCCACCACCAUCAUCUAUGUUUUCUUCUGCUUCUCCAGUUUCUCCCAGUUCCAUGGGCUGGUGACCCACUAUAAAAUCGGAGCGCUGUGUAUGAAUGUCAUGGAACAUGAACUGAAGAGAUACGACCUCUGGCAGGACGAACUGCAGAAGAAGACCAGGACAUGUGAAGACGACCCUGACAACCAGGCCUUGAGGAAGGAACAUGAGAAGGCCUUUAAGAAGUACCAGGGACUACUGGUGAAACAGGAGCAGCUGCUGAGAGUUGCUCUGUACCUGUUGUUGAACCUGGCUGAGGACACCAGGACAGAGCUGAAGAUGAGAAACAAGAACAUCGUCCACAUGCUGGUGAAGACCCUGGACCGGGAGAACGAGGAACUACUGGUGCUGGUGGUGUCCUUCCUCAAGAAACUCAGCAUCUUCCUGGAGAACAAGAAUGAUAUGGUAAGAGAGGGAUUGAGAGAGAGGAAUAAGUGAGGAAGAGGGUAAGA